AUGGGGCCAAAGACCGUGGUCAUUGUCGGCGGCUCGUUCGCAGGUCUUAAAGUCGCGCGUGGCCUGCUGGAGGAAGUCAAGGGCGACAAGAUUCGAGUCGUCGUGAUCAAUCCCUCCGAAAAAUUCUAUUACUGCAUUGCAGCGCCCCGUAUCCUCGCCAAACCAAAGGCCUUCCGGCCCGAGGAGUACCUGAUACCGAUUGCCAAGGCGUUUGCUCACUAUGGCAAGAGAUUCCAGCUGAUUGUCGGCCAUGCGACGGGGAUCGACGAGCCUGGCCACACUGUGACCGUCACUUCUGACCAAGGGAAGAUCGCCACCGUGCCAUUUGACUAUCUGGUGCUUGCGUCUGGUUCCUCGACGAAAUCUACCCAAGAGGGGGUUCUGGUCCCAUACAAGCCCUAUGGGCCGAACAGCCUGGAGCCCGCGAUCCGCAGUGCGCAAGAAGCCAUCGCGGCCGCGACAAGUAUCAUCGUCGGCGGAGCAGGGCCGAUCGGGGUCGAAUUUGUCGGCGAACUGCUGGAAGCGUGGUCGGACAGACCCAAGAGCAGUAUCACCUUGGUCUCUGCUACGCAACAGCUACUCCCAGCGCUUAAGGCAUCCGCCGGCAAUACAGCUGAGAAGUAUCUGGUCAGCCGCGGCGUGAAGGUCGUCAAGGGCCACAAGGUCACGGACGCCGUGAAUCACGGUUCGUCCUGGACCGUGAAUCUAUCCAACGGCCAAUCCUUGACCGCAGACCUCUACGUCUCGACCGCAGGCCUCAUUCCGAACAGUAGCUACAUUCCCCGUGACUUCCUAGACGAAGCGGGCUGGGUCCGGAUCGACAACAAGUUUCACGUCCGAUCUGCGAAAUCGAUACUGCCGCACAUCUACGCUGUCGGCGAUAUUACGACCCUCCCAACCCGGACCGCGAUCAAAGUCAACGAGCAGGUUCCGGUCUUGGUUAAGAAUCUGAAGGCUGAUAUCAAAGGGACCAGCACAGCAAGAGCAGCUUACGAUGUCCACGCCGCCGCAGACAAAAAGAAGAUACUAAUGUUUGUUCCUCUUGGAUCCAGAACUGGAACCGGUCAAAUGAUGGGCUUCGUCCCCUGGGGCUGGAUGGUGGCAAAGAUGAAGGGAAAGGACUUUUUUGUCUCCAAGGCGGCCAGUAUGGCAGGGCUGGCGUAA